ACCAACCCCCUCAACCUACUAAUCAAGGACCAAAACAACCAACUAACCCAGAAAACACCCCCAUCAUUCCCCCUCAAACUAUCCAAGAAAACUACAAUAACGACAAAGAAAAAUCCACCAUUGAAAACAAUUCUAAUUCAACCACCCCAGAACAAAAAGAACAAUCCAAAGAAUUAUUGAGAUUAAUCAUUGAGGCUGAACUCCUAAUCAAAGAUAAUCAAUUCAAUGAUGAAACUUUAUCUAAACUAAUUCAAGAAAAAGAACAAAAUACCGAGGCUUAUCAAUUAUUAAAAGAGAGGAUAGAACAAGUUAUUAAUGAACUAUCCAGCCUCCAACAAUCCCAAAAUAAGAAUAAUGAGUCAGUAGCAAACAACAAUAAAUCCGAUAUUAGUCCAAUCAAAAUCUUUACCAUUAUAGGAAUAAUUGGAGUGAUAAUCAUGUCUAGUCUAGUA